AUCAACUUCUUACCCAACUUUCCAGACGGAUUUAAUCAGGUAGCCCUUGAGGGUGCCCGCAAAGACUUGGUUAAUGAAAUGCAGAAGAGAACACCAAAUGGACAGCUUGUAAAAGAGAAGAUGGAUCUGACGUUUGCAUUGAGAAGAAAAGAGGUGGUGGAGUCAGAACCUGCCGUAUGUGAGAUGGUGGAACGUUGGCCUGCUCUUUUCACAGAAGAUCAGGUAUGCAUGGAGUUCAACAGGAUUGUUGGCAAGAAUCUCAAACAGGAAUUCUAUGAGAGCAUUGAUCGGCACAGUCCUCGUCUUAUCGAGAUUUUUCGAUCCAAGAGAGGGAACAUUGGCCAAAUGUUGACACAGCUUUCCCAACAAACAAAGACUGCAGAGCCAACUGAUAUUCGAACACUGGUGCUCAGAGGACUUCCUGUUAUCCUUGGUGACAACCCCACAGACUUCUACAAACCAGCCUUUGACUCAGAUGAUGAUGACUCUUUCCGCAACAUUGACAUUGGGAUCCUCCUUGUUGAACCUGAAGGUGCUGUGCCCUCAUCCUCCCUGCAUCUCAGUCCAGCCUCACUAAAAAUUGUCAUUGAGGGAGAAGUGGUGAUGGACAACAUUCAAGACCUGCCAAAAGCUAUGUGUCUUCUCUUUGGACUUGCAUAUGCAAUGCAUCUCAGUUACCCCAUUUCUAUGAAGUUCACGUUCCAGUUCAUCCAACAGGUAUUUCUUGAGCUGGGCCACGUUGAACUAAAACCAAAGUUACAAACAUUGAAAAACCAGCUUGCGAUGUAACGAAAUGUCUUGUGUGUUGUCAGUGAACAGUCAGGGGGUUGAAAAUAUACUCAAUGCAGAUGGAGUUGAUAAAGUUGCUCUUAUCUAAUGCAGUUCAGUGCAGCAGUACUGCCACAACUUUUAUUUCUUAAGAAAGUUUGUAAUGUUCAGCUUACAGUGUUAUAAGAGACAUCAGUGUCCAGCCACUUGUACUCUAAAAAACAGGAUUUAGAAGUGUAUGCUCAGGGCUCCAUAGUAAUAUUUAGUUGAUACAGUUAAAGGAAAAUUCAGCACUUUUCAUGUAAACGUCCAGUUUGUGUUGAUGGUAAAUGUAGUCAUUUGAAGCAGUAAAUUCAAAAUAAUGUAAUUCUUCCUCAACAGCAACAUUACUGCUUAUUUUACAGGUUUUUUCAGUCAAUAGCAGCACAGGAAUUUAUUGCUUCAGUUGAUUACAUUUACUAACAACACAGACUGUACAUUUACAUAAAACAUGCAAAAUCUUCCCUUAAACAUAGUUGAUCUGUUCAUUUUCCAAGUUGGAGAUUGUGUCCUAUUUUAAGGUGUCCAGUUUUUUCAAAAGGAUGCAAAUAUUUUUGUUGAAUGCUGCUGCAUUUGUAUUCCUUCUCUAAACAUGUUAGAAUUGAGUUCAAGCACAUAUGCCUAUUUUUACUUGCCUUUUGUAUGGCA